UCAAAGUGACAAACACAACUCAAAAUUCCAGUGCGUUAAUGUAUAAUUCAAUCCCUUCAAACCUAUGGAAAAACGAUCUAAAUGGAAAUAAGUUGAUAAUCGCUGUGGUGUUUUUGGCGUUCCUACAAGAAUGCUCGUCCCAGAAUCGCCAGUCAUGUUACAGCCCGGUGUAUUGCCAGGGUGAUCUCUUGCACAUCAUUCAAUCGUCCAAGAUCUUCAACGAUUCGAAAACGUUCGUCGACAUGGCAAUGAUUCACCCGAUGAACGAGACGCUGAAGCACUUCCAGGCGCUGAUGGUCGAGACCGAAGACAACCCGUCGAGGGAGCAAAUCUCCGAGUUCGUUUUCCAGAAUUUCAAAACCAUCGGGGAGCUGGACGAGGAGUUUCCGAGGGAUUUCAAGAAAGAGCCGAAAAUCGUGAAGGAGAUCUCCGAUCCCGUGGUGAGGCAAUUCACUCAGAAGAUCAUCGAAAUUUGGCCGACGUUGACCAGGAAAGUAUCCUACCACGUCAUGGACCAUCCCGACACGCACUCGCUGAUACCCGUAGACCAUCCGUUCAUAAUACCGGGCGGUAGGUUCAAAGAGUACUACUAUUGGGACUCGUACUGGAUCCUGAAAGGCCUACUCCUCAGCGACAUGUUCGAAACAUCAAGAGGCUUAGUACUGAACCUCCUUUCUAUGGUGGAAAGGUACGGUUUCAUACCGAACGGCGGGAGAAUAUACUAUUUAAACAGAUCUCAACCGCCGCUUAUAAGCCUCAUGGUCGCCGACUACGUGAAAUUCACCAAAGAUUUCGAGUUUCUGGUCCAGAACAUCGGCACGCUGGACAAGGAGCUCCACUUCUGGCUCGACAAGAGGCUCGUCAAAAUCAGCAAAGACGGGAAAGAGUACGAACUGGCCCAUUACGACUCCGAAAGCGACACCCCUAGGCCGGAAUCGUACCUCGAGGACAUCGAAACGUGCGCAGAGUUCGAGACCGACGAGGAAAAGUACGAGUGCUACACGGACCUGAAGAGCGGAGCCGAGAGCGGUUGGGACUUCACCAGCCGGUGGUUGUUCGAGAAAGACGGCGAACCGUCCUUCGAUUUGCACAAGAUCAGCACCAGGAGGAACGUCCCGGUCGAUUUGAACGCGUUCCUUUUCAAAGCCUUCAAGGCCGUCCACAAGUUUCAUUUAAUACUCCAGAACGAGGAGGCCGCCAGGUUCUGGCAGGAGAAGAUGGAGAAAUGGCGGGAAGCCAUAGAUGCGAUCCUCUGGCACGAAGAAGACGGGACAUGGUACGAUUACGAUAGGAAGCUUAAGAAACCGAGAAGAUAUUUCUGGGCUAGUAAUUUAACGCCGUUAUGGGCCGGAGCGUUUCCUGAAGACCAACGUCAACAAAGAGGAGCGAAAACGGUGCAAUACUUGAACAAAAUCGGCAUAACCAAGUUAAAAGGAGGCGUACCGUCUUCUCUGUUACCCACGGGACAACAAUGGGAUUUCCCCAACGCCUGGUCGCCCUACCAAAAUCUAAUAAUAAUAGGUCUAGACAAGAGUAAAGAUCCCAACGCCGUGGAGCUGGCGAAAGAGCUGGCUUUCAAAUGGGUGAAUUCGAACAUCAAGGCCUUCCACGAGAACAAGGUGAUGUUCGAGAAGUACAGCGCCGAGAGCAGCGGUUCCUUCGGCGGCGGCGGCGAGUACCAGAUCCAGGCCGGUUUCGGGUGGAGCAACGGUUGCGUUUUGGAACUGAUCCAUCUCUAUUUCAGAGCUAAAACCAGGAAGUUCGUCGGUUUCGCUUGAAAUGGCAACCGCAGCAUAUCCAAAUAUAUUGUUUUUCCUUUGAUUUAAUAAAAGCUCGGUCGUAUAUUUCUAAGGUCUGGAAACAUAGGUCGAAAAAGUGU